AUGCUAGCUCGUCUCGCAGCCACGCGUCUCCUCGAGAUCCGUCAGGCUCUCCGCUUAACUCCUCAGGCAUCUCGAUCCUUAUCCACUGCCUUAAACUACCACAUUGACACUGCAGAUAACAAUCCGGACCUUACUUGGGAGUUUUCGGCGGCGAACAAAGAGAAGGUUAAAGAAAUAUUAUCUCACUAUCCAUCUAACUACAAGCAAUCAGCAGUUAUUCCUCUGUUAGAUCUUGCACAGCAACAGCAUGGAGGGUGGCUCCCUGUUUCAGCAAUGAAUGCCGUUGCUAAGGUUAUAGAAGUUGCCCCUAUCCGUGUGUAUGAAGUCGCAACAUUUUACUCUAUGUUCAAUCGGUCCCCGGUGGGCAAAUAUCACCUGUUGGUUUGCGGCACAACACCAUGUAUGAUACGAGGUUCACGGGAAAUUGAAGAUGCAUUGCUUAAGCACUUGGGAGUGAAGCGUAAUGAAGUAACCAAGGAUGGUCUUUUCUCUGUUGGAGAAAUGGAAUGUAUGGGAUGUUGUGUAAAUGCUCCUAUGAUUACUGUUGCUGAUUACUCCAAUGGAUCUGAAGGAUAUACUUACAAUUAUUACGAAGAUCUUUCUCCAAAACGAGUUGUUGAGAUAGUUGAGAUGCUAAGAAAGGGGGAGAAGCCACCGCAUGGCACACAAAAUCCAAAGCGCAUUAGGUGUGGACCAGAAGGAGGCAAUACUACUCUGCAUGGAGAACCAAAACCUCCUCCAUCUGUUCGAAUCUUUUCCCACUGGAAUCAAAGUCCUCUCUUUCAAGACUUCUGUCUCUGUUCCCCUCAAGUACACAUGCGUACUUGGGACAAACCAGACAAGCAUUUUCUGAUUCCACUAGAAGAUGGCUGCAUUGGUUCGAGGCCAAUUAGCAAAAUUGUCGAUUUAGGAACAAGCCCCACUAGAAAAGUGCUUCCAUCAUUUUCCACUUCCCCACCACUGAUUCCAAAAGAAGAGAGCAUAUCAAGUGAGCCUUGA